UUUGGUAAAUAUAAAAACAUAUUUCACAGACUUCCGUACUCGCAAUGAAUUCAUAAUAAGAAAGAAGUGCUACUUAAAGCAAUAAACAUGAAUAAAUAGUUAAAGAAAUAAUAUACAUAGUUUAAUGAUAAAAUGCACCAGAUAGUUUAUACAACAGUUAAAGUAUGUAUGCAUCUGUUUCACGUGAAUCGAUGUAAGGUAUCUUUAUCAGUUAUAAUUCUUUUGUACUGGAUUGUUUUUGGAACUGCUUUGCCCCCAGUGAUUCGAUUAGGUGCUAUAUUCACCGAGGAUCAGCGCAACAGUAAAAUUGAGUCGUCGUUCAAGUAUGCAAUUUAUCGCAUCAACAAGGAUAAGGCGAUUCUAAUGAACACACAACUUGUAUAUGAUAUUGAAUAUGUACCACGGGAUGACACAUUUCGUACAACAAAAAGAGUAUGCCGGCAAUUAGAGACUGGCGUGCAGUCGAUAUUUGGUCCUUCCAAUCCAUUAUUAGCAAGCCAUAUACAAUCCAUAUGCGAAACUUUUGAUGUACCUCAUGUCGAGAUUCGAAUUGAUUUGGAUAGGAGUAUUAAAGAAUUUUCCAUAAAUUUGUAUCCUUCGCAACAUCAUAUGAAUUUGGCUUAUAGGGAUUUAAUGGUAUACUUGAAUUGGACAAAAGUUGCAAUAAUAUAUGAGGAGGAUUAUGGUCUAUUUAAACAACAGGAUCUUAUGUAUACGACAGCAGAUAUGCGAACGGAAAUGUAUAUUCGACAAGUCAGUUCUACCUUGUCUUCAUAUCGGCAAGUUCUUCGAGCUAUCCGACAAAAGGAGAUCUAUAAAAUAAUAGUUGAUACUAGUGCUAAACAUAUAAAGGAAUUCUUUCGAGCGAUUCUGCAACUACAAAUGAAUGAUUACCGUUACCACUACAUGUUCACCACUUUUGAUAUGGAUACUUAUGACCUGGAAGACUUUAAGUACAAUGGUGUUAAUAUUACUGCAUUUCGAUUAGUGGAUGUAGAAAGUAAACGAUAUGAAGACAUCGUUGAACAAAUGCAAAAAUUCCAACACAAUGGUUUGGACAUUAUAAACGGGAGACCAUACAUUCAGACACAAUCGGCGCUUAUGUUUGACGCAGUUUAUGCAUUUGCUGCUGGUCUUAAAGAGCUUGAUCGCAGUCAUACCCUAUCCCUUCGAAACCUUUCUUGCGAUUCAGAAGAAUCUUGGAGUGAUGGGCUAUCGUUGUAUAAUUACAUAAAUUCAGCUACAUUUGAUGGGUUAACAGGAAAAGUUCGGUUUUCAGAUGGCCAUCGUAGUGGAUUUCAAAUUGAUUUGUUAAAACUAAAACAUGAUUCAAUUCAAAAAGUAGGCUACUGGAACACUGAAGUGGGUAUAAAUAUUACUGAUCCAAAUGCUUUUUAUGACAUAAAUAAUGCCAAUAUAACAUUACUUGUUGUCACAAGAGAGGAAAAACCAUAUGUUAUGGUGAAACAAGACACUAAUUUAACUGGUAAUGCUCGUUUUGAAGGAUUUUGUAUUGAUUUACUUAAAGCGAUAGCAGUACAAGUGGGUUUUCAGUAUAACAUUGAGUUAGUUCCCGAUAAUAUGUAUGGAGUUUAUAAUCCGGAAACGAACACUUGGAAUGGUAUUGUGCGAGAACUUAUGGAAAGUCGUGCGGAUUUGGCUGUUGCGUCCAUGACAAUAAAUUAUGCUCGCGAAAGUGUUAUUGAUUUUACGAAACCAUUUAUGAACUUAGGCAUUGGAAUUCUGUUUAAAGUACCAACUAGUCAACCUACUCGUCUAUUCUCCUUUAUGAAUCCACUGGCUAUGGAAAUAUGGUUGUAUGUGCUAGCUGCUUAUAUACUAGUUUCUUUUACGCUAUUUGUAAUGGCACGUUUCUCACCUUACGAAUGGAGUAAUCCUCAUCCCUGCCUGAAAGAAUCUGAUAUAGUGGAAAACCAAUUUUCUAUAUCAAAUAGUUUUUGGUUCAUAACAGGAACAUUUCUGCGUCAGGGAUCCGGGAUAAAUCCAAAGAAAUCUGAUCGAGCACAAACUCGGUUCUUCUCGUUUAUGAAUCCCUUGGCAGUUGACAUUUGGUUUUAUAUUGCUUUUGGUUAUAUAUUGGUAUCGCUCACAAUAUGGAUUGUUGCCAGAUUUUCUCCAAUAGAGUGGCAGUCUUCAAAGCCAUCCUGUUCAAUGGCAUGUAAACACAAUUCAGAAGAAAUAAAUAUCGAAAACCGGGAACAACAAAGAAUAGAGAAUGAGUUCAAGAUUCAUCGAAAUGUGUCCUCUGAGCAUUUAAAUAAAAUUUUAGAUGACGACAAGCAAAAUAUAAAUUUUGUUCAACUGGACAUGAAAAAUGUCAAUAAAGAAAUUCACUAUGAUAGUAAACCAUUGAAAUAUAAUUUUAUUGAAUCCGAUAAAAUGCGAAAGAAAUCUGUAAACAUUGAACUGAGUUAUACGAAGCCUGUGCCAGAUAUUCAAAAUUUGGCUUCUAUGGAAUGUGAACACGAUGACGAAACUGAACUCGUCAAUGUCCAAAAUGAUUUUACUUUAAAAAACAGUUUUUGGUUUGCUAUCAGCGCAUUAAUGCAACAGGGAUGUGAUUUGUAUCCUAGGGCAACAAGCACAAGAAUUGUUGGCGGAAUUUGGUGGUUUUUUACGCUAAUCAUUAUAUCCUCAUAUACUGCUAAUUUGGCAGCAUUUUUGACUGUUGAACGGAUGCAUGUGCCUAUUGAAAGUGCUUCAGACUUAGCAGAACAAACUGAUAUUGCUUACGGAACGCUUGAAGGCGGCUCAACAAUGACAUUUUUUAGGGAUUCUAAAAUAGGAAUUUAUCAAAAAAUGUGGCGUUAUAUGGAGAAUAGAAAGUCUUCUGUUUUUGUGAAGACUUAUGACGACGGUAUAAGAAGAGUUAUGGAUGGAAACUAUGCAUUUUUAAUGGAGUCUACUAUGCUUGACUUUGCAGUUCAACGGGACUGUAAUUUAACACAAAUCGGUGGCUUACUUGACUCAAAAGGCUACGGCAUUGCCACCCCAAAGGGCUCCCAAUGGCGAGAUCCAAUGUCUCUUGCAAUUUUAGAAUUGCAAGAAAAAGGUAUAAUACAAAUUCUUUAUGACAAAUGGUGGAAAAACACUGGAGAUGUUUGUAAUCGUGACGAUAAAAACAAGGAAUCGAAAGCGAAUGCAUUAGGUGUAGAAAAUAUCGGUGGUGUUUUCGUCGUUUUACUUUGUGGUCUGGCUCUAUCGGUAGUCGUUGCAAUUCUUGAAUUUUGCUGGAAUUCAAAAAAACAUGUACAAAAUGAAAACCAAUCAUUGUGUUCUGAAAUGGCGGAGGAACUACGAUUUGCAAUGCAAUGUCAUGCUUCUAAGCAGAGGCCGGCUCUUAAACGAAAUUGCAUGAAAUGUACUCCCGCCACAACAUAUGUUCCAACUGGAGUAGGUAUGCCGCAUAUUGGCGGUGUGCAAUACAAUUACUUUAAUUGAUAUAUUGAAAUAAAAAAUUUUAUGAAUACAA